AUGCAGGUUCGUGCACUUUGCCUGGCGUGGGCCUGGAUCGCCAGUGUCGUCACACUUGUGGCGGCGGUGCGAUCCGGCGAAUUCAAGACAUGCCAAGAUUCUGGUUUCUGCCGUCGUUUCCGUCGGCGGGCUGAGUACACUGAAUCGUUCACCUCGUUUACGUCGCCGUACGCGGCUGAGGCCACCUCCCAGCUCACAGCCUGUGGGCCUUCCACCUACUGCCUCCCGAUUGCGUCGAAACUGCAUGAGGCGCACUUCGAUCUGCGUGUGAGUCUCUACGACGAUGGUAAUGCGCGUGUGUACAUGGACGAAGCUCAGCCGACAUACGAGCAUCGACAGCACUACAACGAGGCGCACGUAUGGGGCGUCGAGACUAUGCCUCAGCCUGCGGCGCAUAUCAAGCAUGACUACAAUGCCAAGACCAACACCGACACACUCACAUGGCACCACCACCAUGCAGUGCACAUUGCGCAUGAGCCCUUGCGCAUUUCGUUUGUGCGUGACGGUGUGGUGCAGAUGAUCCUCAACGAGCGCUCUCUCCUGCACAUGGAGCAUUUCCGUGCGAAGCCUACUACGUUGCCGGACGAUACCGACGAGGCACGGAACGAAGUGGCCUCACAGCGUGCUAGUGCUUUGGCCAAAAAGCACAGCGUGAGCAAGUCUGUCAUCGAGCAGUGGUCGCGCUUUGAAGUGCCAGACCAUGGUGAAUGGGAGGAGACGUGGGCUGGGACCACCGACUCGAAGCCCAAGGGCCCAGAAGGAAUUGCGCUGGACAUUUCGUUCCCUGGCUACGAUACACUCUAUGGCCUUCCGGAGCAUGCCAGCUCGCUUUCACUUCGGUCGACCAGGGCGCCUCCGCACGGCGAAGUGGACGAGCCGCAUCGGUACAACGAGCCAUAUCGUCUGAUGAACACCGAUGUGUUUGAAUACGAGUACGAUAGCCCUAUGGCGUUGUAUGGCAGUGUCCCUGUCGUCCAUGCGAUUAGUCAGAGCAGUGCGGCAAGUGUGCUAUGGAUGAACGCGGCUGAGACCUGGGUCGAUAUCCACAAGACCAAGCGGCGUCCUGGUCCGUCGGUCCGUGGUACGAUGCCGGCGGCCGCGGACGACGCUGCAUCGCUGGCUGGCGGCUCGUCGUCGCAUUCGUCGCACGUCUACUUCAUGUCCGAGUCUGGCGUCCUGGACCUCUUUGUGUUCUUAGGUCCCUCGCUGCAUCGCAAUAUGGAGCGCUUCAUGUCGCUGGUCGGUCGGACAGCCUUGCCGCAGUACUUUGCGCUGGGCUACCACCAGUGCCGCUGGAACUACUGGUCAGACGACGAUGUGAAGGACGUGAGUGCGCAAUUCGACGAAAAGGACAUGCCGAUGGAUGUCAUGUGGCUGGAUAUCGAAUGGAGUCGUGAUCACAUGUACGGCAUAUGGGAUCGCCAAGCGUUCAAGGACCCCGACGAGAUGGUCCAUGCCCUGGAUGCACGUGGCCGCAAGUUGGUCUUGAUCAUUGAUCCGCACCUGAAAAAGACGGACGACUACUUCUUGUACCACGAGGCCAAGAGUCAGGACCUGCUGGUCAAGGCGCCCAAUGGCCACGACAACUUUGAGGGCGUAUGCUGGAGUGGCGACGCAAGCUGGAUCGACUUUUUCCAGCCACGGACAUGGCAAUGGUGGAUCGACUUUUACCAUCUUGCGAAGCGCAAGCUCCUCGGCAAUGCCCGCAAUGUGUUUGUAUGGAACGAUAUGAGCGAGCCUGCAAUCUUCUCGGGCCCUGAAAUCACGUCGCCCAAGGAUGUUGUGCACUUCCCACACUGGGAGAAUCGUGAUAUCCACAACAUCAAUGGCGCUAUUCUGCACAACCUCACAUCGCUGGGUCUGCGUCGUCGCGAGUUGGGGACCAAGGAUGCGCAUGGCCAAGCAGGUGUGGAGCGCCGUCCGUUUGUUCUGAGCCGCGCUUGGUGGAUUGGCUCGCAACGGUAUGGUGCUAUCUGGACAGGUGAUAACAUGGGGACUUGGGAACACUUUGCCAACAGUGUCGCAAUGAUCUUGCAGAAUGGUAUGGGUGGUAUGAGUUUCUGUGGUGCGGAUAUUGGCGGCUUCUUUGGCAACCCGGAUGAGCAACUGUUGCUUCGUUGGUACCAAGCUGGUAUCUUCGAACCGUUCUUCCGCGCUCAUGCCCAUAUCGACAGCAAACGUCGUGAGCCAUACCUGUACGAAGGUGCUAUGGGCGACGCUUUGCGUGGCCUCUUGCAGCUGCGCUACCAGCUGCUGCCUGUGUGGUACACGGCGUUCUGGCACUCCAGCGUGAAUGGCCAGCCUGUACUGACACCGCAGGCGCUUGCCUUCCCGAGGGAUCCGGCUGGGUUUGCCAUUGAUGAUCAGUACUUCCUCGGCGCCUCCGGUCUGCUGGUCAAGCCGCCUGUUGCCAAAGACACGGAUCACGUCUCGAUGUACUUGGCCGACAAAGAAGUGUACUACCACUUCCAGACCCAUCGCACAUAUCACGCACCAGGCAAGCAUGUCAACGUCCCCGCGCCACUCACGAGCGAAGUGCCGCUCCUUUUGCGCGGCGGCUCCAUUGUCGCCACACGGGAACGACCACGCCGUGCCGCGGAGUUGCAACGUCUCGACCCAUUCACGCUGCACAUUGGCCUGCGACUGGAUACACACGAUGCAGAAGGGCAGCUCUACGUGGACGAUGGCCAGACCUACGCGUUCCGCGACGACCAUGCUUUCGUGGCGCGCCACUUUUCGUGGCAAAAAGAAGGACAUGGCGCACGUCUGCGCUCCACGCCACUUACCGCGGCUCAGGCUCAGAUGACGUCUCCUGCUGCGAACACUGCUGCGAUGGACGCAGCGUUGCAGCAGCGUGGCAAUGUCUUUGAACAGGCCAUGUCGUCUGUACGUAUUGAGCGGAUCGUGGUGCUGGGCUACCCUCGCGCUCCGACAUCGGUCGUGGGUCGCUCACGUGAUGGUGAGCAGGUCGCGAUUGAGUUUAGCUACACGCCAGCGCAGCGUGCCUCGGCGCAAACGACGGACAGCAGCCGUGAGCAUGCUUCAGAGCUGGUCCUGCGCAAUCCUGGCAUGCCCAUCGGCGACGAUUGGGAAAUUGUUUUCUUGUAG